AUGGCUUCACGAUCACCUCAAACUAAUCAAAGAUCGGUUUAUGAGGCUGGCCAAAAGUAUCGAUUCCCGAUUUCGAGUUUGAUUGCACCAAGGGCCUCCUGUGGCUACGAACCUCCGAUUCAAAACGUGACGCCGGCAGCGGCUAAUGUUUACGCCAAGCGCUAUUCUGAUAUUAGCAACUUUAUUGAUAAUGAAUCAGUAAGUGAUGCCUCAACAACUAGUAGCCAUUUUUACUCUUUUGCAAAUAUAUCAGAUAAUACAACGAAGGUAAAGCAUCGAAAUAGCAAGUCGUCUUACGUGUCGAACUCAGAUGGGGAAGACUGCGGACAACCGGUUGGUAUAUCUAAGACCGGAAGUAUUGGCUAUAAGAGGUCACUUGAUUUAGGAAUUAUCCUGGAGGAUAUUGGUGAUUCCUCUGGUAAAUCUAAUGCGCAGGAAUUGAACAAACGUAAUCUGUCGCUGCUUUUGGAUAGGUCUUCAUGUAUGACUGUAAAGCGCAACGCUUCGUUGAAGUACAGCUCAUCUUCUUCAAUUUCCAUACCUAAUCGAAGCACCAACCUCAAGAGAUCAAAUGCAGUGCGCUGCAAGGGAGGAUUGCUGCAGUUUUUUACCCAGUGCUCAAUAAGAACGAGAAAACGGCUUAAGAGGUGGAAGCUUGCAAUUAGAAAGAAACUGUUCAAGUUCCGCAAGAUCACUCCAAAUAAAAAAUCUAGGGGUCAUGCUAUAACGACAUCCCAUUUGCAGAGAGCAAACGGGUAUGUUUCCAAUAUAUCCAGAUCCCUCUCUGUACGUUCGGGGCUAGGAAAUAUACCCAAUCUGGCUCAUCUGUCACGGUCAAGCAGUCAAUUGCUAACGACAGACUCAAGUUCUUACAGGCGUGCCAAUUCUUUGAGACGCUCACCAUCAUCGAUAAAACGUGCAGCUACUGUCUUGCGCUCAUCGCCUUCUCUUUUUGGCGCCAGUUUAGUUUCCAAAGAAAGUACCGGAGUUUCAAUAGAAACUGAGAAUAGUACUGCCCGCUCAUCGCAGAUGGUAAGGUCCCAAGUUUCAACUUCGUUAAAUUCUUUGCUACGGCAGCCAUCAAUUGUUGUCAACAACAAAGUUGUUCCGCUUUCUACAUACACUGCCAAGAGUAAUUAUUUGCCAAUCUCCGAACGUGAUGAAGAUCAAGAAUUGAACAAUGACAACUAUGUUAUCAACCCAUCCAAUCAGAUAAGUACCAUCCGGGAAGUAAGUGACACCAGUGAAAGUAAAUACGGUUCAACUGUCGCAGCUUAUGAUGAUGAGUGUAGUAUUAUGUCAUCGCACUACCAUGACGCGUCAGCGGUACCACCAGCGCAAUACGAUGACGAUUAUGACGACGAUGAAGAAUCGAUAAUUGCAUACAACAAUAGUAUAGAAAGAGCGAAGGAGGUAUGGCAUCAGUUCUUAAGGAAGGUAAUUGCAUCUAGAAUCAAGGACAGAUUACAAACACUAAAAUUCCCAGCUCCAGUAGCUUCAAACAACAACGACACGAGGGAGUUGCUAGACUCAAUUAUCAAACUAUUAAUGGACAAUGACCUGCUUGCGGUCAAUAAAGGAGAGCAAGAAGAAAGUAGCUGUAUUACAUCAAGAGUGGACAGCAGCAUGUCAUCAAAUCCCAUGUUCGCUCUUCCUGCAGCGAUUGCGGAUGUGAGAAGGUCGCUAACCAUGCCAGUGGGGCUGAACUACAAGUAA